AUGGCAUCUGAAGGAAUUACUGAGAUUGACUCCGGCUUGAUCGAGUCAAACUACGACCAUGUUGUCUACAAGUUCGAUGACUUGAACUUGAAGCCUAACAUUGUUCGAGGCAUCUUUGGUUACGGUUACGAAACACCAUCGACCAUUCAACAAAGAGCUAUUUUGCCCAUCACCGAGGGUAGAGAUGUUUUGGCGCAGGCUCAGUCCGGUACUGGUAAAACCGCUACGUUCACCAUUUCCGCCUUGCAAAGAAUUGAUGAGAACGAGAAGGCCACGCAAGCUUUGAUCUUGGCUCCCACCAGAGAGUUGGCUUUGCAGAUUAAAAACGUCAUCACUUCGAUUGGGUUGUACUUGAAAGUGACAGUGCACGCGUCGAUUGGUGGUACUUCCAUGAGCGACGAUAUCGAGGCUUUCAAAUCGGGCGUCCAGAUUGUCGUUGGUACCCCAGGUAGAGUCUUUGACAUGAUUGAAAGAAGAUACUUUAAAACCGAAAAAGUCAAGAUGUUCAUCUUGGAUGAGGCCGAUGAAAUGUUGUCCUCUGGAUUCAAAGAGCAAAUCUACAACAUUUUCAGAUUGUUGCCUGAAACCACUCAAGUGGUCUUGUUGUCUGCUACCAUGCCCCAGGAUGUCUUGGAAGUCACCACCAAAUUCAUGAACAACCCGGUGAGAAUCUUGGUCAAGAAGGAUGAAUUGACCUUGGAAGGUAUCAAGCAGUUCUACAUCAACGUUGACCUUGAAGAGUACAAGUUCGACUGUUUGGUUGAUUUGUACGACUCCAUCUCCGUGACACAAGCCGUCAUCUUCUGCAACACCAGAUCAAAGGUUGAGUUUUUGACCAACAAGUUGAGAGAAGAGAAGUUCACUGUUUCCGCCAUCCACGCCGACUUGCCCCAAGUUGAAAGAGACACAAUCAUGAAAGAAUUCAGAUCUGGAUCUUCAAGAAUCUUGAUCUCGACCGACUUGUUGGCCAGAGGUAUCGAUGUCCAACAAGUCUCCUUGGUUAUCAACUACGACUUGCCAGCCAACAAGGAAAACUACAUCCACAGAAUUGGUAGAGGUGGUCGUUUCGGUAGGAAAGGUGUUGCCAUCAACUUUGUCACCGACAAGGAUGUUGGCGUCAUGAGAGAAAUUGAGAGAUUCUACUCUACUCAAAUCUCCGAAAUGCCUGCUGACAUUGGUUCACUUUUCGCUUAA